AUGAGCAGACAAGACCAGGAGGUCAGGCCUCUUCCUCGCCGAUGGCGUCUCCGCCUUCCAGCACCCACUGCUCGAGCCCGUCGAAGUCUUCUUCUUCCUCCUCCUCGGGAGCGUACCAGCGGCAGGACCCGUCCCAGUGCCCGGAGGGAAGCUCCUCGCCGUAGCAGGCGACGUUGA